UGUGGUUGAAGGUGUGAAAUAUUGGAGUUUCUCAAAACAAUAAACAGCUUUAUAUGUCCAAGUUCUAGACGAAGCCAUUCCCUAAUUCACAUUUAAAAAAAGUGAGCUGUUUAUCUAAGCCACAUUUCCCGUGCAGCCGCAUCUACGAUAUCAAUCCUCAAAGCAGAGUUGCGACUGCAGGUCCAGCUCACGCUCCAGCUCCAAAAUGUCACUCUCUAGCUAUGUAAACAGUGAGUUUGCCCUUCUUCGAUUCCUCCUAUUGCCUUUUACCUUUUUAUUCUAUUCUUUUCCGUUACUUUCACAAUCGGCGCAAACUAUGAAAGCAAGCAAAACUUACAACCGCAUCCUAACAGCUCCUUAGAGAAAGUUCUAAUCUUAACUGCGGAUUCGAGAACAUUGGUUGGUACGCUCUUAAGUUGUGAUCAGCAGACUAAUCUGGUAUUUAAUCUCUUUCUUUCCCCGUUUCUUCAUUCUCCAAUUUUUUUUGGUAUCCCCUCACUCCACUUCCUCUCGCCAUCUCCCAUCUUCCCUCCACCAUCUAACAAACCUAGGUCCUAUCCCAAACCAUUGAGCGCAUAAUUAGACCUCCAGAAGACCCUGAAGCAUCGAGUGAAGUACCACACGGCCUUUAUCUAAUCCGCGGUGACAAUGUGGUUGUAGUCGGGCUUGUGGAUGAGGAGCUGGAUGAUAGUAUUAAUUGGGUGGAGGUCAGGGGUGCGGUUAUCGGUGGGACGAAACAUUCAUGAUUGAAUGUUCAUGAUUGAGGAUCUAUGAUUUGGGGCAUGUUUGGUAUGCAGGGGAUAGAAAGCGAGUACAUGAAAGAAGGUAGGGCAGGAUCGGAGAAAGAAGAGGAUGGGAGAAAUCAGGGGGAAGAUACCAAAAUUUGGCAUUUAAAAAAGCCUGAAUAAGCGCGUAUGCCAGAUGGAAGGAAGGAAGGAUACUUAUGCUGCAUUAAUUGGCGUUGGAUGGAUUAAUAUUAGAAGGGAUCUUUAUAUCCAUCUUCUCGAGUUUGUGUUGGCUAGGAACAUAGCUGAAGCGAUUCCCAUAUCAAGAAAAAUUUACAAGAUUUCAAGGUUAUAUCAU